AUUAUAUUUCUUGUAUUGGUUUUAGUUCCUUUUCCAGUAUUUUGUAGAAACUUUCUUAUGGAUCAAGCAAGCCAAAACCAGAACCAGAACCAACAACAACAAUCAGUAGCUGAAUCUUAUGGUUCAACAGUCCCAGACAAUCCUUUGGCCAACCAACAACAAGCCGCUGCCCAAAACUAUUAUAACCUUCCACAGCAACAGCAAAAUCAACAUGAUCAAGAGCUUCAAUCCUUCUGGGCAAACCAAAUGCAUGAAACUGAACAAACAACCGAUUUUAAAACCCACAGCCUCCCACUGGCACGAAUCAAAAGGAUAAUGAAAGCGGAAGAGGAUGUGAGGAUGAUAUCGGCAGAGGCACCUAUAGUAUUGGCAAAGGCAUGUGAGAUGUUCAUCUUAGAGCUUACUUUACGAUCAUGGAUACACACUGAGGAAAACAAGAGGAGGACAGUUCAAAAGAGCGAUAUAGCCACAGCCAUUUCGAGAACUGAUGUGUUUGAUUUCUUGGUUGAUGUUAUUAAUAUUAACGAGUUGAAAGAGGAAUCAGAUCUUGGUGAGUCUGAACCGUUCUAUUAUGUGGCUGACCACCAUUAGAUGAGAGGCCAAAGUGUGUUCAUCAUACUAUGCUUAUUAAUGUAAUGUUGGGAAGUUCAGUUUUGCUAU